CCGCUCUGAAAAAACGCGCUUCCCAUUGGAGCGCGGCGGCGGUGACGCUCUUUGAAAAUAGGAGCGGGCGACGUGCCUGACGUACCGAACCCUGGGCGGUUUUUCUCGCUUGGCGUGAGGCGCUCUCCGGCUCGUGCGGCGGCCGGACAAACGGGACCUGCGGCGGAGCGACGGGGGCCCAGCCCAAGCCAAGCCAUGUGGAAGAUGGGGAACCCAGUGAUGCCGGAAGAACGUGCAAGGAAGAAACUUGCUGAAUUUCUACAAAAUAUUGACAACAAUGACUGUGUGUGGAUGGAUGAGAUUAUUGAAGAGGCUAAAAAGAUGUUUAUGAGUGGCUCCAGUGAUGAACCUGAGCUGAUGCCAAAAACACCAUCACAGAAGAGUCAUAGGAAAAAGAAGCGUUUUUCUUCUGUUAAGAAUGAUCACUUUGCUACAAAGAGGUUGUCAAGAAGAGAGAGUACUCGGUUAUUUUCCAAACGGAUUACCCGAAGUCGGAAAAACUUGGAAAUUAAUGUAGAGAAUGCCUCCCCUUGUCAUCGUGUUACUAGAUCUCGGGCUGCCUCAUCUGCCAGCGUCUCAGAUGCUCCUCUUAAGAAGCUAUCUUUCAAUUUAGCCAAAGAUCGGUUACCACUAGUAGUAAUCAGUGCUAAUGAGAGGCGUAGUGCAGAACUGCAGGCAAAAAAAGUGGUACCUCAGACAGAUACAGCUGAUUUGACUCUUAAAUUAUCUGAGGAGGGGUCUCCUAUAAAGAGAUCACCUUUGACCAAAACUUGCCUUGUGGCGAAAGAAACUCCUGAAGCCGAAAUAAAAGAGGGACGGGGAAUAUGCAAGAUGAAAAUAGCAGAAGUACCCGGUGCCGCUGAAAACAAAGAAUCCAGCACUCAGAACCAAGAACCAAGUGCCCAGAACCAAGAGGACAGCUGGGCUUCUGAAUCAGAGGCUGCUCAGAAGUUAAACCAGAGCUCACAAGCACCCACUACUUCAAAAGCAAACUGUCGCUCAGUCCGCCUAAGCAGGACCUCCAAGUCCUCCAGAGCCUCUAUGGCUGAGAGAUACUCACUCAGUACUAAAAGGGAAAGAAUGAUCCGGAGAUCUAGUCGGAAGUCUUUGUCAAAGCGGAAAACAUCCCAGCAGUCAUUAUCUGCUAGGCACGAAAGUUGUCAUGUUGCUGUGGCUGAAGAAAUUACUGAAUCUGGAUUGAUGAUAGAGCCACCAUCUCAGAAGGUUGAUGAGAACCCUCGCAUGUCCCUUCGUUCUCACAAGGCCAGUAUGCAAGCAGUUAUCAAACCUGUGGAACAAGAUGGAGAUGACAAAGGGGGAAAUUCUGAAAGGACUGAUGAGGUGCAAAAGCAGCCCCAGAGUGCUAGGAGGAAGCCAAGCUAUAAAAGAGCAGUUUAUGAGCAAGAUGAAGGACAGCACUCAGAGGAGGACUUCUCCCCUGCAAGGAAAAGGGCUGUAUCUCCUCAGUGCCCUGCCAGCAAAGUUGUCCGUCCUUUCAAGACAUUCUUGCAUACAGUGCAUAAGAACCGAGUGCUCAUGAUGACCCCUGGCUCUUUGAGUCGAAGUGCAACCAUGAAAUCAUUCAUCAAACAAAACACUCCUAUCCAGGCCACUCCCCAGCGGGGGUUUGUUCAAAAGGAAAGAGAACGGUUAGAGUCUCAAAGAAAGAGGGAGGAAGCAGAACAACUAAGGAGGCAGAAACUGGAGGAGGGGAAAAAGCAGCGGCUGGAGGAGAUAAAGCGGAAGCGCGAAGAUCGCCUUCGCAAGGUGUUGCAGGCUCGGGAACGGGUAGAGCAGAUGGAAGAAGAGAAGAGAAGGCGGCUUGAGCAAAAGCUUGCUCAGCAUGAGGAGAAAAAUGAGAAGGUGCGUGAGGAAAAACUGGCAGAGGACAAAGUUAAGAAGAAGGUAGCUGCCAAGAAGUUGGAAGAACUUGAAGCCCGGCGGAAACAAGAAGAAGAUGCCCGUAAAAAAAGAGCUCUGCAGCUGGAGGAAGAGCGAAGGCACAAGGAGCAAAUGCAGAAAAAAAGGGAAGAAGAGGAACAAGAAAAGGCUAGAAAGAUUGCAGAGCAGCAUCAGUUGGAACUAGAAAGGGAGAAAAAGCUGUUUGCUGAGAGAGAACUAGAGAAGAGGCGAGAACAGGAGAGGCUCCAAGCACAGCGGGAGCAUGAACAGAAAGAGAAGGAGAAGGCUGCUCAGCUGCAUAAAGAGGUUUUAGCAGCAGCCAAAGAGAAGGAGCGACUCAGAAAAGAGUUAGAGGAAAAGGAGAGGAAAUUGCAGGAACAGCGGCAACAAGAAGAGAAGCGAGAGAAAGCAGCUUCUGAGGCUGAGGCCAAGGCUUCCAGCAAACAACUGAAUACAACAGUGGUUAUCGAGAACUCUACUAGCUGUAAUUCCUACCCGAUGACACCACAAGGCCCUAAACAGCCCAAGAUUGAUGUGAAUAAUUAUGGAAUGGAUUUGAACAGUGAUGAUUCAACAGAUGAUGAGAGUCAACCCCGCAAGCCCAUACCUGCUUGGGCUACUGGAAAUCUACUAAGCCAGGCAAUUAUACAUCAGUAUUACAAACCAGUUGACACCACUGCCCUCUUUGGAGUUGUGAAGAGCCCUAAACUAGAAGAAAUAUUCAAGAAGAGCAAGCCACGUUACUUCAAACGCACCAGUUCUGCAGUGUGGAACUCUCCACCAUUCCCAGGUGGCAGAAAUGUACCAUAUGCUUUAAAGAUAUGAUGUUUUCUAGAUUUCAUGGAUGUGUGGUAUUUUUGUUCAAGAAAUGUAUUUCUGUUUUAAAUGUUGAGUCCCUUUUUUCUUGUUUAUAUUAAUAAAUGUUGCACUUCUAA